CUGCAUAUCCAAUCCAGACUUGGUUGGCUUUUUCCUCAUUUCUCUUCCUCUCUUUGCCACCCAAAAACAUCCAAAAAUUCUUGGAAAUAAUGACCAACAGCAACCAUAACCACGUCAUGAUCAAAUCCUCCGUCCUCCUCCUCCUCCUCAGCUUCCUCGUUGCCGCUGCCUCCUCCGGAAACUUCAACCAGGACUUCCAAAUCACCUGGGGCGACGGCCGCGCCACCGUCCUCGACGGCGGCCGCCUCCUCACCCUCUCUCUCGACAAGUCCUCCGGCUCCGGCUUCCGCUCCGUCAACCAAUACCUCUUCGCAAAGAUCGACAUGCAGCUCAAACUCGUCCCCGGAAACUCCGCCGGCACCGUCACCACUUACUACUUAAGUUCAGAGGGGCCAACUCAUGACGAAAUAGACUUUGAAUUUCUGGGAAAUUUGAGUGGCGAUCCUUAUAUUCUUCAUACCAACAUAUACGCGCAAGGGAAAGGUAACAGAGAGCAGCAGUUUUAUUUGUGGUUUGAUCCCACCAAAGACUUUCACACUUAUUCCAUUCUCUGGAAUCCUCAAACCAUCAUAUUCUCAGUGGACGGCACACCAAUAAGAGAAUUCAAGAACAUGGAAUCAAGAGGGAUUCCAUUUCCAAAGAGCCAAGCAAUGAGACUAUACGGAAGCCUCUGGGACGCAGAAGAUUGGGCCACCAGAGGAGGACUUGUGAAGACUGAUUGGACCAAAGCUCCUUUCACUGCCUCUUUCAGGAACUUCAAUGCUCAAGCCUGUGUUUCUUCGGCGUCGUCUUCUUCUUCCUCCUGCAACAGCGGCGGCUCGUCGGACCAGUCGUGGCUGAAACAGUCGCUGGACUCGACCGGACAAGCCAGAAUCAAGUGGGUGCAGAAGAAUUACAUGAUUUAUAACUAUUGUACUGAUACCAAGCGAUUCCCUCAAGGCCUCCCUCCUGAAUGCUCUCUCUGAUCGAUCUAGAGAGAUAAAAGGGCCCCACACAAAAAAAAAAAAAAAAACAGAAGAAAAGAAAAGUCAAAAAAACUGCGCCUUGCAAGUGGGGCUCACCUAUGGGGGAAUUUUAUUGAGUUUCUUUUUUUUUUUUUUGGGUUUUCUUUCAGGUUAAUUUACUUCGUUCUUGGUCUUGUGGAAAUUCGUGGUUAAUGAGUAGAAAUAAAUGAUGUCUAUUUCAA